CAAAUCUCUUAAAUAUUCAAAAUUGAAACGCCAAAUCCAAUGGAAACCGGAAAGCACCUAAACUCAUUUCAAAGAACGCAAAAUCUCCGAUGUCUUUAAAGGCCUUCAAGGAGUCACUCAAACCGUGCAGGAAUAAAUCAUCCUCAUAUGAUUCCUCUCAAAAUUCAUCCAUUUGCACUCAAUUCGAUUCAUCCGCUGCAAUCACUAGAAAGCCACCUAAAUCUUCUAUUUCACAGCAGCUUCUUCGCCUUGAUGAUUCAUUCGCGUCUUCAUCCCAGACCCAAUCACGGAAACCCCAAAUUCCAACCCAUUCCAGGGUUAGAGUCAAAGAUGACAAAGAAGAGGAAGCAGAGGUGGGAGAAGAGAAGCACACUGUGUUCGGGAGGUCAAAGUCUGAGGCUUUUCUUCUUGACCACACCGGGCCUUAUGAGCCUCUUGUCCUGUCCCCGCCUGGAGAAACACCAUUGAUACAGGUACCAGCAUCUAUAAAUUGUAGGCUUCUGGAGCAUCAAAGAGGAGGAGUCAAAUUCUUGUAUGGUUUGUACCGUAAUAACCAUGGGGGUGUUCUAGGAGAUGACAUGGGACUAGGGAAGACAAUCCAAACCAUUGCUUUCUUAGCAGCUGUAUAUGGAAAAGAGGCAGAUACAAUUGGUUCAACCUCAUUGAUAGUGGGGGGUCUUGAAAAGAAGGGUCCCACACUAGUCAUCUGUCCAACUUCCGUAAUUCAUAACUGGGAGAAUGAGUUCUCCAAAUGGUCAACUUUUAGUGUCUUUGUUCAUCAUGGACCAAACCGUGAAUUGAUAAUCGACAAACUAAAAACGUACGGAGUGGAGGUAAUAAUAACCAGUUACGAUACAUACAGAAUCCAAGGGAGUGUCUUGUCAGAAGUCAAGUGGGAGGUUGUGAUUAUUGACGAAGCACACCGGCUCAAGAAUGACAAGUCUAAACUCUAUCAAGCUUGUUUAGAUAUCAAAACUAAGAAACGUUACGGUCUGACUGGAACUAUAAUGCAGAAUAAAAUCAUGGAACUGUUCAAUCUGUUUGACUGGGUGGUCCCCGGCUGUUUGGGCACACGUGAACACUUUCGAGAGUUCUAUGAGGACCCACUUAAGCAUGGACAGAGGUCAACUGCUUCUAACAGACUUGUGCAAGUUGCCGAAGAGAGAAAACAACACUUGGUGUCGGUUUUGCAUAAGUAUUUGCUGAGAAGGACAAAGGAGGAGACGAUUGGUCAUCUUAUGCUAGGAAAAGAAGAUAAUGUUGUGUUUUGUGCAAUGAGUGCGAUCCAAAAACGUGUUUACCAGAGGAUGUUGCAGUUACCUGAUGUACAGUGUCUUAUCAAUAAGGACCUGCCAUGUAGUUGUGGAAGCCCUCUCAAGCAGGCUGAGUGUUGCAAAAGGACCAUUUCGGAUGGUAUUAUAUGGCCGUACCUUCACAGAGACAAUCCAGAUGGUUGUGAUUCUUGCCCUUUUUGCAUCGUACUUCCUUGUCUUGUCAAGCUCCAGCAGAUAAGCAAUCACUUGGAGCUCAUCAAACCUAAUCCAAGGGAUGAUCCUGACAAACAAAGAAAGGAUGCAGAAUUUGCUGCUGCUGUGUUUGGCCCUGAUAUUGAUUUGGUUGGUGGAAAUGCUCAGAAUGAGAGCUUUAUGGGUCUAAGUGAUGUCAAACAUUGUGGGAAAAUGAGAGCUUUGGAAAAGCUCAUGUUUACUUGGAUUUCACAAGGUGACAAGAUUCUUCUUUUCAGUUAUUCCGUGAGGAUGCUGGAUAUACUUGAGAAAUUUCUUAUACGCAAAGGGUAUUGUUUUUCUCGACUCGAUGGUUCCACACCGACCACCUUUCGUCAAUCUCUUGUAGAUGACUUCAACUCUAGCCCAAGCAAACAGGUGUUUCUCAUAUCAACAAGAGCUGGUGGCCUUGGGCUCAACCUUGUUAGUGCAAAUCGUGUAGUGAUAUUUGAUCCAAACUGGAAUCCGGCCCAAGAUUUGCAGGCCCAGGACAGAUCGUUUCGGUUUGGGCAAAAGAGGCAUGUUGUUGUUUUUCGCCUUCUUGCUGCUGGUUCUCUUGAGGAACUUGUUUAUUCCAGGCAGGUCUACAAACAACAGCUGUCUAAUAUUGCUAUUUCUGGAACAAAUGAGAAGCGAUACUUUGAAGGCGUUCAGGAUUGCAAAGAGUUUCAAGGAGAACUAUUCGGAAUUUGCAAUCUUUUCCGUGAUUUGUCCGAUCAACUUUUUACAAGUGAUAUAAUUGAAUUACACGGGAACAAAGGCAAACUAGAUGAAGGAAAUGGGGUCCAUUUUCUCCCCGAUCAAGAAAAUACCGAACCUAAGGGAAAAGGUUCUGAACUCAAGCUUGAUGACCUUGGCAUUGUUUAUGCUCACCGCAAUGAAGAUGUCGUUAACCCCCGAAGUGUGGCAGUCCCAACCAUUCAGGAACAAAAUCUGAAUUCAACACAGCAGCUGAGUUUUCCUGUACUUGGGAGACGAAAAUUUGAUGCUAUGAACGUAAAAGAGAAGAAAGAAAGUUUUGAUAAGGUUAAAAUGCAUAAGAGAAGACAGUUCAGUCUUAUAGCCCAGUUCAUGGGCAUGAAAGAGGUGCAGUUUAGCAAAUGGAUCCUCUCUGCAACUUCAUCAGAAAGGGAAACGUUGCUCCAGGAUUAUAUGAAGAGGAAGGAUAAUAUUAGGGAAGAAUGAUACUUCUUUCACCUUUGUGGCCAAGUUUAGCUUCAAUGUUUGAUGUGUAUAUAUGUUUAGUAAUAGUGAGUAGAUGAAUAGUUAGAAAUAGCAAUAGCAGAAUGGUCGAUGAAUGGCCCCCAGUUAAGAUGGUUGCUAGUGGCUUAUUUUUUGUUUUGUGAUUUAUAAAAAUAGAUGGUACAGACGGAGUACUAUCGCAUAUUGUAUAAUAACCAAGACUCCCCGAAUAAUUGUACAUAUACUACACUCCGAACAUGUUU